AUGGCGGAGUCGUCGCCACUGUCGCCGUCCGAGAUGACGCGGCUCAGAGAGAAGCGCGAGAGGCACAAGAAGGCCAAGGCAGAUCCUUUUGCUCCGCUCGACGAGCUGCUGGAGCGCUUGCUGGAGAAGCACAUUGAUCCGAGUAUCGUGGCACAAACUGCGCAAUGGAUGGCCGCGCACGACGCGUUCUCGUUACAAGUCCAGAUCAAGCUUCGGGCAUUUGCGCUCAGCGACCGCACCAAGUCCUUCAACCACAAAGUCAUGCUGUUUUACGUCCUUCACGAGUUCCUCAAGAUCGGCGCACCAGUCGUGGAUACAGAUGCCCCCCCGUCUCGGAAACAGCCUCGCCUGUCCACAUCGUUCGACGCUGUCCGCCGCACGCGCCACGUGGAAUGGAUGGCAACAGUUGAACAUAUCCUCCACGCGUGCGUGCGAGAAUCAUAUCGCGACAUGAAGCCCGUGGAAGAACACAGGAAGAAGCUGCUCAAGACGUUGGCGCGGUGGGACGAGCUGGGAAUCUACCGAGGGAAGCUGAAGGAGUGGAAAAAAAUUGUCCUCGGUGAAAUCAAGGUCCGGAAAGCACCCCAGCGGAUCCUGCAAGACGUCGUGAACCCCCACGACAAGGAAGGGCUCGACCUCCGGCGCGAACUUCACCGCGGCAACAUCGCGUGGUUCUAUGAGCCGACCGAGUUCCGAUCGCCGCGUGCCAAACUGCGCCACUGGCGGUUCACUGGUGUUGCUUUCAUCGAUACACUGGGGCGGUGUCUUGGCCUAGAAGCGCACAUUGUGGUCGCCGCGAUGAGCUAUUACCAAACGCUGUUCAAGCGAGGGUUCUAUGCCAAGGAGCGUUUCAAGAUGGCGGCGGCCGCGCUAUUCCUGUCGGCCAAGGCAUCUAGCCAGCGCAUGAAGCUGCUGCGCAUGGUGCACGUCAUGCAUUACGUCCUGGAGACGCCCCUCGUCACUGGCGACGAGGAGAAAGAAGAAAUUGAACGGCUGCAUUUACUCCACUACGAGCUCCAAGUCCUGCAAGGCAUCGAGUUCAACCUGACGAUAGCUUUGCCGUAUGACGCGUUUGCGGCGGUCGCACCCGACUUUCCAUCGACGGUGAAGGAUGCUGCCCAAGUCAUUCUGAAAGACAUAUAUUGGACCAAAAUGUGCAUCGAAUUCCCGGCGAAAACCCUCGCGACGGCUGCAUGGUACAUCGCGACCGCUGCCGCCGACCCCAAGGCAACUCGCAAGCUCAAACUGGACAAGGUCCUCGAACACGACUGCGACUUGAUUCAAGACUAUUACACGGAAUGCAAAGAGUGGAGAGGUAGCCAGCUCAUGGAAUUCGACGCGCGAACGGUAUCGGACGAUGACUUGGAUCGGUACUUGACGGCGCAGCGCGGCGGUCUCUCGGUCCCACCUGCCUCGAUCGAGAAUCCGAGAGAACUGACGAGUCUCAAGCCGGCCGAGCUGGAACGAAUGGGCGAAGUGCGCCUGGUUGGAAAAUCGCCCCACGACGCGGCCGAAACCCGGCGCAACCGACAUCAUCGGGAUCGCCGAUCCAGCAGCUACGACCCCCGGUCUCGAGAACGUCGCCGAAGCAAGUCCCGCGAUCGGCGCGACUACAGGAGCAGCGACCGCGGCCGGACGUGGAAGAAUGGAAAGGCCCCGUCGUUGCGCAACAGCCAAGACAGACAUCACAAACCACCCUACCGGUCCUCGCGGCGACGAUCUCGUUCCAACGACUCGACAGAAGACCGACGUGGCGCGAAGAAGCGGGCGCGAAGCGGUAGCAGCAGUCGACGGCGCGGCGGGUCACCCGACUCGACCGAACAUCAUCACGACUCGCGCAAAGACAAACGAUAA